UUUGCAGCGACAGCGACAGCGACGGCCUAUGUAUGCAUGACACUGACACGUCCCAACUAUAAGACCAAGUAGACCAGCAAAGCAGCACCGCAAGCUUACACAACCAUGCAGCGCCAGCAGCACGAGGUUGUGGGCGCUCGGAGAGCCGGUGGCGGCGAGGCGGCGACCGGAGCCCGGAGAGCAGCAGCCGAGAUGCCGGCUACCCACAGGACGGCAGAGCGUCCGGGCGAGGCGCGGAGGGCGGCAGCAGCGUCGGAGAUGCCCGCGCGGCGGACGGAGCGGAACAAGAGCUUGGAGAGCCUCCUCGACGCCGCCACGGAUACGCGCGGGAAGCAGCACCGCGGCGGGGUUAUUGGCGCGGUCCCCGUGCGGUCGUUGCCGGCGCCGGCGCCGGGACAGAAGUUGACGAGCUUCCCUGGGCAGGGGCUGGAGUUCAAGGAGCUCUCCUACAGCGUCAUCAAGAAGCAGAAGAAGGACGGGGUCAAGGUCAAGAAGGAGGUGUACCUGCUUAACGACAUCUCCGGUCAGGCACUCCGCGGCCAGGUGACCGCCAUCCUCGGGCCCAGCGGCGCCGGCAAGUCGACGUUCCUCGAUGCGCUCGCCGGGAGGAUCGCCAAGGGAAGCCUCGAGGGGUCCGUCAGCGUGGACGGCCGUCCUGUGACGACGAGCUACAUGAAGCAGAUUUCGUCUUACGUGAUGCAAGAUGAUCAGCUGUUUCCGAUGCUGACGGUGCUGGAGACACUUCGGUUUGCAGCCGAGGUCAGGCUUUCUCCAUCCCUCUCCAGGGCUGAGAAGCUGAACAGGGUGUGGGAGCUCAUUGAGCAGCUUGGUUUGCAGACAACAGCGCACACAUACAUUGGGGACGAAGGGGUACGAGGAGUGUCCGGUGGGGAACGCCGCAGGGUGUCAAUUGGCAUAGACAUAAUCCAUAACCCGUCUCUGCUAUUUCUCGACGAACCAACCUCCGGCCUCGACUCCACCAGUGCAUACAGUGUGGUCGAGAAAGUGAAGGAAAUUGCGAGAGGGGGAAGCAUUGUGCUAAUGACAAUUCAUCAGCCAUCUUUCAGGAUUCAGAUGCUUCUUGACAGAAUUGUCAUCCUCGCAAGAGGAAGGUUGAUCUAUCAAGGCAGUCCAAACACACUUCCCACAUACCUUGCUGGAUUUGGCCGAACAGUACCUGAUGGCGAGAACAGCAUUGAGUAUCUCUUGGAUGUCAUCAAGGAGUACGAUGAAUCAACACUUGGACUUGAGCCUUUAGUUGCCUACCAGAGGGAUGGCAGCAAACCCAAUGAAGCUGCAAAAACCCCAAUGCCGAAGACACCAAGGACACCACACCAGAAGUCAGUGCAGUUCCGACAAAUCCGGCUCAAAAGCAACCAGUUUUCCAUCACAACUGCAACACCCCAUGCAAAUCCGUUCUCAAACUAUGAGUCCUACAUUAUCGAUGACGAGGAGGAAGAUUUCGACAACUCUCUUGAGAGGAAGUCACAGACACCGAUGCAUACCAGAACCUCAACCUACAACCCAAGACUAGCUUCACAAUUCUACAAGGAUUUCUCAGUUUGGGUCUACAAUGGUGUCGCAGGGACACCACACCGUAGGCCUACAUGGACUCCAGCUCGAACACCAUCUAGGACCCCAAUGUCAAGCUACCAACACAGCCGUGUGGCUACGCCACACCAUCCACCUCCAUCUCCCCAUGAACCAGUUUUCAAGCCAGAAGAGCCAACCUACCAGGAGUACCAGCUUGAUCUUGAGCCACUGGAUGCUCCAGAGGAUGGGCCCAAGUUUGCUAAUCCUUGGCUCAGGGAGGUCGCUGUACUUUCAUGGCGUACUGCACUGAAUGUAGUGCGCACACCAGAGCUAUUCCUCUCCCGUGAGAUUGUUCUCACAGUCAUGGCGCUCAUCCUUUCGACGUUGUUCCACCGCCUCAGCAAUGCGGAUUUCCCAACCAUAAACCGCAUCCUCAAUUUCUACAUUUUUGCAGUCUGCCUUGUCUUCUUCUCCUCCAACGAUGCUGUUCCCACAUUCAUCCAGGAGCGCUUCAUUUUCAUCCGUGAAAGGUCCCACAAUGCAUACCGUGCUUCAUCCUAUGUGAUAUCCUCCCUUAUUGUCUAUCUUCCAUUCUUUGCUGUUCAGGGCUUCACCUUUGCAGUAAUCACAAAGUUCAUGCUCCAUUUAAAAAGCAAUCUGGCUAAUUUCUGGAUCAUCCUGUUUGCAUCACUCAUAACAACCAAUGCCUAUGUGAUGCUGGUCAGUGCACUUGUUCCAAGUUACAUCACUGGCUAUGCUGUCGUGAUUGCGACAACAGCACUCUUCUUCCUCACUUGUGGAUUCUUCCUGAAGCGGACAAAGAUCCCUGCUGCCUGGAGUUGGCUCCAUUAUAUCUCCGCGAUCAAGUAUCCAUUUGAGGCAUUGCUUGUGAAUGAGUUCAAAGGAAGCCAUUGCUAUGUUGGCACACAAAAUGAGCUUUCACCUGGACCUCUGGGAGAAAUCAAGCUAAGCGACCUUCACAACAGUCUGCAGUUGAACACAACAACAUGUCCCUUGAUAGGCCAGGACGUGCUCUCCACCAUGGAUAUCAAAAUUGAUAACCUCUGGAUAGAUGUUGCAAUCCUCCUUGCCUGGGGUGUGCUCUAUCGACUUUUCUUCUAUGUGGUCCUGAGAUUCUACUCCAAGAAUGAGAGGAAGUAAGCAAGUUUUCAGCAAAGUGUAUGGAUACCUAUU